UUCCAGGUUCUCCGAGGGACAGCAACAGGGGUCCUGCCGAGAGUGAGCCAGUGUUUGCAUCAUGAACGUUCUUAUGCCCGCCAUGCUAGGGGACGACACACGCCUCAUGGCUGAGCCGGCAAUCCAGAUCUUCGAGCAGCCCAAGCAAAGGGGAAUGCGCUUCAGGUACAAGUGUGAGGGUCGCUCAGCCGGAAGCAUUCCCGGAGAGAAGAGCUCCGACAACAACCGGACAUACCCCAGUCUGCAGAUCCUGAAUUUCUCCGGUAAGGGGAAGGUGCGCGUUUACCUGGUGACGAAGAACGAGCCGUACCGACCGCAUCCGCACGACCUGGUGGGGAAGGACUGCAAAGAUGGAUUCUACGAGGCCGAGUUUGGCCCCGAACGCAGAGUGAUCGCUUUCCAGAAUUUGGGUAUCCAGUGCGUGAGGAGGAGAGAGGUGAAAGAUGCAAUCAUACAGAGGAUCACCAGAGGGAUCAACCCCUUCAAUGUGCCACGGGAGCAGCUGCUGCAGACAGAGGAGUACGACCUGAACGUGGUCCGCCUGUGCAUCCAGGUUUUCCUGCAGGACGAGAACGGCCACUACACCCGAGCGCUCAACCCCAUCGUCACCAACCCCAUCUACGACAACAGGGCCCCAAACACAGCAGAGCUGAGGAUCUGUCGGGUCAACAGGAACAGCGGAAGUGUCAAAGGAGGCGACGAGAUCUUCCUACUGUGUGACAAAGUACAAAAAGAUGACAUCGAGGUGCGAUUCUUCUCCUCUGAUGGCUGGGAGGCCAAAGGCUCCUUUUCUCAGGCAGACGUUCAUCGACAAGUUGCCAUUGUGUUCAAGACCCCACCCUUCCACAUGACCUCCACAACAGACUCGGUGACCGUGCACAUGCAGCUGCGCCGGCCCUCAGAUCAGGAAGUCAGUGAACCGAUGGAUUUUCGAUAUCUGCCCGAUGACAAAGAUCCUUAUGGAUACAAUGAGAAAAAGCGCAGAAGAGAGCACUUGAUGAAGAUAUCAGGAUUGUCAGGUGGUUCUUUUAGCGGUCUGACUAUGAAUAGGCCCAAGGCGGUGCCACAGAGCACCAUGAGUCACAUGAAAAGAGACCUGGGCAACGCGUACCCAAGGCAGAACGCAUCUACGAUGCAACAACAACCUUCUAUGUUCAACCAACCUUACCAACAAGGUCCUCAGAAUGUAAUGAUGACAUCACAGGCUUCAAAUUUACAAAUACGCCAUUCAUGGGCAAAUCCCAAUCCAAGACUCUCAAUGGACACAGUCACCGUAAACCAAGGUCCCAUCAGCAAUCUGUCACAUCCUAAUGUUAGCAGGCAACAGCAGUCAACCCGCGGAUACCAACACAGAAUGGACCACAGCAGUUGUGAGAAUAAUGCCCUCCCUCAGCUCUCCAUUCGGGACCUCCAGUGCUUGGAUACAGGUUCUCAAGUCCCUGUAAUGAGAGAAUCAGAACCGCUCUUCCACCAGCAGAAUCAAAGGGAGGAGCUCAUCUCAGAGACUCAGACCCAAGCGCAGAACCAUCUGGGCAGCCAGAACCAAGGUAUUCAGUCUGUGUGGCCCAAUUUUACUACCAUUGGUACAGCCCAGAACCCCUUUAACGGACCUGGAGGUGGAGGAGGAUCACAGGGACUAGGGUCGUUCCCUUUCCUAGAGGGAAUAGACGGGGAUGAUUUUCUGAAGAACAUGGUGGGAGGAUCUCAGCCCACCUUCCAGUUGAAGCAAGAGCCCCAGAUCACAAUGGGGCAAGAGAGCCAUACUCCUCUCAUGCAGUCCCCAAGGGAGAGCCAAGGGAAUACUUACACCAACCUGCUACCCCGUGCUAUAAGCAAUGGCACCAACAGAGAUCCAAUGCGACAAGACGGUAAAAAUCCACAUAAUCCUUACGCAAACAACGGCAUGGCCCCGGAAACCCACUUUCCAACUUUGGAGGACUGGAUGAAUCAAAAUGACUGAAAUUUGUGCCAUUCUUGUUUUAAAGAAAUAAGCAGUAGCAGCUCAAAGCAGAGCAUGGGUGUUGUUUAGUUUCUUUACUCACACUGGCCCUAAAAGGCUCAGUAGGUAUUUGCUUGGGUUAUUACCUCAGUGGGUACAAGACCAAAUUGGUUGACAGCUUGUUAUAUCCCAAGCCAAGCAGUCAGCCUAAGGCAUUGUUUCACAGAUACAACUGGUUACUGACCAGUUGUUGAGCAAAAGUGCUCCCUACCAACGUGGUACCAACUGUAGGUUGAUCUUUACUCCCAAUUAGUCAUCAGCAAAGGCAUCAGGUAAAUUUACUUUCUUGAAAAAUUUUAGACAAGCUAUUCCUAGUUCUUGUCUUAUUUUUUGUUGAUGAUGCAUUGUUUCAUAAUUGUGUGUGAUUCUGAAAGGUUCAUCCCCAACCUUUGACCUCUUAUUUGUUGCGGUUGGUCCAAACAAUUGUUGAUUUGUUGUGGUUCGACUUCCAGCUGCUGGCGUGCGCCAUGCUAGUCAGUAGAAGUGAGCUAAUGUGGAUUCAUCUGGAGGGGCGGUACGGUCUUUAAGUGGAUGCGCCGUGGUUUUCACCCACAAGAAAAACAAACAAACAAGCAAUGACUUCCAAGAAAAGUUAUAUCUUUGAAGAACUGAAUGUAUUUCUUUCUUUCUUGGAAUUUUUUUAGGUAAAUUUGAUGUUAGUGCCAAUAUACUGUAUAUUAAAUGAUUUGUUAGGGGGGUUGUUUGAUCUUGAGAAAAUAAAUUGAUUUUUUUUCUUGUAAUGCCAGAAUCAAUUGCUUAUUGUCACUGGUUUACUGUUUGUCUCUUUGUAAAGUUUUCAUACAUGUAUCAGUUAUAGUACAGUACUUUUUUUGGUGAUUUUUCUUCUUUUGUACCAAAGCAUUUGCUGUUAAGUGCACUCUGUACAUACAUGUUAGCCAUAGUUGAGAGUGACAGCAAUAACAAUGCCGAAACAGUCAAGAACUGGCAAGGUACUGAAAUUCCCAUUGAGGAAGUGGGAGGAAGCACAUUCAGCAGUGUCUUUCCUCCGUAAUGACUAUGUCAUACCAGAGCUUGCAUGUGUUAUCCAGAGUUCUCAGAGCAUUUCUAACAGAGGAUUUAUAGAUAAAGAUGUCAGGUUUAUUGUUUUAUGCAUUCAGGCGAUGCUCUUAGGGAUACAAAAGUGUGUUGUUAAAGGAUUGAUAGCACAAAGUUGAUGUAAGACAAAUACUGGCUCUUGCCAGGCAGCUUUUUUUGGUCUUAAAUGUAAAUGUAUAUUUUGAUGACUACUUUUUAAAAUUUGUUGUUUAUUUGUUUUUGUUUUCUAUAAGAUCAGUUCUUAAUAAACAGUCAUUUCUA